AUGCGAUUUCGGCGCUUUUAUGGUUCGUCUGGACAAACCAGAAGUGAAUCAGCCGAGCCAAUAUACCCAUUGACAGCUUUCAACGUGCCGGAGGCCGUGCUCACCUUUCAGAGCAAUUUCGGCCACUGCGGAGAUCGCGGGAGUGACGCGAAAAUCUGCGAACAGUGCGCACAGCAUGAAAAACGACAGCAACAACAAUGCUCACCGGCCAAGGCAGAGCUAGGGCUGGCCGCCGGCGGCCGGACGGCGAGCGCUUCGGCCGGAGGUGGGAGCAGAUGGUCCAAGGGGUCUGGGGAACCUGCUGGCCGGCGGCGCGAGGCGGCCGGUGGCACGGCGGAAGAGAUCAAUUCCUCCAAGUGGCUCUCGGGUUCAACGCUUCCCGGUGGCACGGCGGCGGCCGGAGGAGGUCGGGGCGACGGCGAUCCGUCGCCGGAGGCCGUGGGAAGGGUGGUGCUCCCCGCUGUGGGCGGCGGCGACACGCAGAUUGGAGGGAAGCCCAGCCUCGGCCCGCACCAAGUCUGGGCGGCUGCAGGAGCUUCGGGCGGCGGCCGGCGGUGGUCGGGGACGUCGGGAAACACGCGCGUGAGGUCGCCGACAGGAGGCUGCAGCUCGCGGCCACGAGCUGACUCGAGCUCGGCCCGAGCUGCAGCAGAUUGCCGCAGAUGGUCCCGACGGCGCCGGCAACGCGUGCGGAUGGCGACGGCUGGCAGGGACGGCGCCGGGGAGAUCGAGAAGGGUGGUUCAUCCAAUCCCGAGCGGCAGCAGGGCGAGGAGGAGGAGAUCUCACAACCUCGGCCAGAUCUGUCCAGGUUCGCCGCAUCCUGCCAGGGCGGCGGUGGCGGCGCUCUGGGGCGGCCGGGACGGCGGCGGCCGGCGGCGAUGAUGCUGGAGAAGGGUCUCGGCCAGAGGUGGGAGCUAGGGCUGGCCGCCGGCGGCCGGACAGCGAGCGCUCCGACCGGGGACGGGAGCAGUCGGUCCAUGGGGUUCGGAGGUGGUGCUGGCCGGCGGCGGGCGACAGCCGGUGGUGCGGCGGCGGAGAUCAAGCCCGCACAGCUCCUCUCGGGUUCAAGGGCGCCGGCGGCGAGGCGGCGGUCGGAGGAGCUCGGGACGGCGACCGAUCGGCGCCGGAGGCCGAGGGGAAGGCCGUGCACCCUACGGUGGGCGGCGGCGGUGCUCGUGGGCGGCGCGGCUCCAAGGUUGGCUCGCACCGGUCUGGGCGGGUGCAGGAGCUCCCAGCGGCGGCCGGCGGCGUGCGGGGACGACGGGGGAAGCACGCCGGAGGUCACCGGGGUCGGCUGGGAGGUGGCACGACCGAAGGAAGGUGGUGGCGGCGCCCGAAACUCGAGGUUGGCCCGACUCGGUCUGGGCUGA